AAUAUUUUUGCAGUUUUCCGACUGCCCAGGAUUAAAGAAGUACGGUUCCCAAUGGCCGAGGAAGCUAUUUUCGAGUUUUUGCAUUCAGAAAUUGUAAACUACACACUAACCAAGGAUAAUAGUAAGGAAAAUGAUCUCUCUACGUUGGAAUACAUCGGAUUCACCACGGGCUACAGAAUCAUCGAGCGUUUGACCAGAGAGUGGCCACGGUUCAAGGAUGAACUGGAUACGAUGAAGUUCAUCUGUACCGAUUUCUGGAGCUCAAUCUACCGCAAGCAGAUCGACAAUCUACGGACGAAUCAUCAGGGUGUGUAUGUGCUGCAGGACAAUGCAUUCCGCUUCUUAACCCGGCUGUCGUCAGGCUCACAGUAUUUAGAACAUGCACCAAAGUUCGUAGCGUUUACCUGCGGACUAGUUCGAGGUGGACUGGCAAAUCUUGGUAUCACUAGCACCGUCACGGCAGAAGUGCAGACGAUGCCGUCGUGUAAGUUUCAUAUACAAGUUAAUCGAUCAUAACGGGCUAGGAAUUUUAGACGGGGCAUCAGCAUGAAACAUGAAUAAAUUUAAAAAUUGAU